UCCAAUAAGGAAGUUCUUAGAGCAGAAACUGAGGACAAGCACUGGAUACUGUUCUCUGAAAGAUCGAGCGGUUUAACAGUCUGGAUGUUUUCUGGAUAUUCCUUCUGGGGAAAUCAUCAAUCAAAUGGAGUCCGAUGUCCAUUCUGCGAAGGUCCAAAGAAGACGAAGCAUAACUCCACCCCCCAAUGUGUCUGAGGAGCAGAGGAUCGUUUUGCUAGGAAAGAAUGGCCUGAACAGCAGAGUGGGGAACUUCAUUCUGGGCAAAGAUGCUUUUAAUACUGAAGCUCCUCCUCCUUCAGUAGAGCAGCACAGUGAGAGAGCUUCAGAAACAGUUGAGGGAAGAAACAUCACCCUCAUCAACACACCUCACCUGUUCCAUCCUCAGCUCUCUGUGGAAGAGCUGAAUCAGAGAGUGAGAGAGUGCAUGACUCUGGGUUCUCCUGGACCUCAUGUUCUAGUUCUGGUUCUACAGCCGGACGACUUCACAGAGACAGACCGGGACAGGCUGUAUCACAUCCUCCACUCUCUGUCUGAGGCGUCCCAAAAACACACCCUGGUGGUAACAACACAAAAGCUGCAGUCAGACUCCAGCAUUGAUCGAUUCCAGGAGAACCUUGUGAAGAAGAUCAUUGAUGAGUGCAGCAGCGUGCACUUUGAGAUUAAGAAGGGGUGUAGUUGUGCUGAUCUUGUGAAAGUGAUUCAAAUGUUGAUUGAAAAAAAUGGAGGAAGUCACAUUAUCUGGGAGACACAUGAAGCAGCUUCUCCUACAACAGAAUGGCCGUUCAGAAAGUCUGAACAUAUACAGAUGAGGGGAGAUAUGGAGAAACUAGAGGAAGAAGACAUAUAUCGUGAUUUAGAGUGUGAAGCAUCGGCCUUCUCUUCUAAGACCCUGAAACCACAGCUGAACCUGGUGGUGUGUGGGAGGAACCAAGAAGUAAAGGCAUCCUUAUUAGACCUCUUGUUGGACAGAAAUACCUCUAAACCCAAUGUUGAGCAAUCCAGCUCAGUGUGUGUGAGGAGGGAGGCAGAAGUAUGUGGACGUCUGAUCUCCCUGGUGGAGCUUCCAGCUCUCUACAGCUCUAAGCUCUCAGAGGAGGAAGUGAUGCGGGAGACUCUCCGCAGUGUCUCUCUCUAUGAUCCUGGAGUUCAUGCUUUUCUCUUUGUCGUUCCUGCUGGGCCUCUUACUGAUGAAGAUAAGAGAGAGCUGGAGAAGAUCCAGAAAAUCUUUGGCUCAAGGAUUAAGGAGAACAGCAUUGUCCUUUUUACAACCGAGUUGAACGCUGAUAGAGGAGAGGUAGCUGCAUGGUUAGAUUCCGAAACCAUACAACUUCUCAGUAUGUGUGAAGGCAGAUACAAAGUCUUGGAGAAAAUGGAAAAUGGAAACCUCAAACCAGUUCCAACUCUACUGGAUGAGUUAGUGACUAUGGCAACCAGAAACAAGCCUGCUGAUCCUUUUGACGCAGAGUGUCUGAGAAUAGUCCUGAUUGGGAAAACUGGGAAUGGGAAGAGUGCAACAGGAAAUUCGAUUUUAGGUUUGAGUCAAUUCGAUUCCAGGGCUAGCAUGAGAGGUGUGACCUCAAAGUGCCAGAAAGAGUUCGGUAAAGUCCUGGGAAAGUCUGUCGCUGUUGUCGACACACCAGGACUCUUUGACACCAGAUUCACUACUGAAAAAGUGACAGAGGAAAUCGCUAAGUGCAUCUCCCUAUCUGCACCCGGACCCCACGCUUUCAUCAUUGUGUUAAGCAUUGGAAGAUUUACAAAGGAGGAGAUGGACACUGUAGACCUAAUUAAGGACAUCUUUGGACCCGAGGCUGUAAAGUACAGUGUAGUUCUGUUCACUCGAGGAGAUGAGCUGGCAGGUGAGACGAUUGAGGAAUACGUCGAGCGAUGCGGCCAUGAUGACGUGAACAAACUGAUCAAGGACUGCGGCGGACGAGUUCACAUGUUUAAUAACAAAGUAAACCACUCUAGCCAAGUGAGCGAGCUUCUCAGAAAGAUCGAGGAAAUGAUCCAGUUUAACAGGAACAAUUACUUCACCAAUGAUAUGCUAAAGUUAGCAGAGAGGACCAUACAGCAGAAAACAGAGGAGAUACUGAGAGGGAAAAAGAUGGAGAUCCAAAACAGUAUAAAGUCUCUGAGGAAGGAUUACAUGAAAGAAGUAGAGAGGAACACACUGCACAAUAAGAGAGAAAGAGAGCAAGAGGAGGUGAAGCAACGUCCUGUGAAAAAGGAGAUUGAGAAGCGCAUGAAGCUGUUCACAGCUGUAACAGAGAAAAGGGAGGACAGAAAACAGAAGGAACUGGAAAUAGAGAGAGAGAAAGAACUAACGGGAACAAACCUGAGACCGGCUGCUGCUGAGGAACAUCCUAAACAAAGCACAAAGAAAAUGAUAAAAAUGUUUGAAGGAAUCAUAAACCAAGACAAACAGGACCAGCAGUCUGAGACCGAACGAAGGAAAAAGAUGGAGCGAGAGCAGAUUAAGAGAGAGAACAAGGACAUUUCAAUACAAACAACAAAAGAGCAAAAGAAUAAAGGACAGGAGCAGAAAGUGUGUGAGGAGAAAAGAAGUGAAGAGGAGAGGAAAAUGCUGGAUAGGCUGGAGCUGGAGCGAGAGAGACAGGAAGAGCUGAGGAGGAGAGAAGAGGAAGACAGGAUGAAAAAAGAAAGCGAAGAUAAAAAGCGUAAGCAAGAAAGAAAGGAGAGAACAGUAUGUGAGGAAGAAGGAAGUGAAGAGGAGAGGAAAAUGCUGGAGAGGCUGGAGCGAGAAAGACAGGAAGAGUUGAGGAGGAGAGAAGAGGAAGACAGGAUGAAAAAAGAAAGUGAGGAUAAAAAGCAUAAGGAAGAAAGAAGGGAGAGAAAAGUGUGUGAGGAGGAAGGAGGUGAGGAAGAGUGGAAAAAGAUGGAGAGGCUGGAGCUGGAACGAGAGUGUCAGGAAGAGCUGAGAAGAAUAGAAGAGGAAGAAAGGAUGAGGAAAGAGAGAGAAAAUAAAGAGCACGAGGAGAUGAAGAACCGUUUUGAGAAAAGACUAAAUGAACUUAAGAUCCAGUACGAGAUGGAGGCUCGAGCACAGGCCGAGCUGAUCAGUGAUUUAAUGCCUCUGCUGGAAGAGGAAAUCUCAGAAGCGGUGAAUCGCGGCAAGGGUAGAAAGAAAGACACGAAAGGUCAGUGUGUUGUUCUCUGAAGGCAUGAGAGAGAAGAGCAUGUAAAUAUGUAUUAUAAUCUACAUGUUUGACUUUACAUUGUUCAUAUUUUCUAAAUAAGCAAAACAAAAAUUCUCUAGGGUAUCAUAGUGCCUAUACAUUGUUUUCAUUAGAUUAUUUGUUGGCAGUUACUGUAUAUAAUCAAUCUCUUGUGGAAAAAGACAAAUGUAAGUAAAUGAAAAAAAAAAAUUCUUAAGGUGUUCUUAUUGUUUAAAAAAAAAAACACUUGAAAAAAAUGUGAUAUAUUGACAAGCUCCAAAGUGGAAUUAUGUAUCCAUAACUAAGUUUUGGGAGUUUAUCCACGCCCUCACUCCUCCCCCUUCCUUCCCUAUUUAAAAACGUCACUUCCUCUCUACCUGCUCGUUGAACAACCUCGCACCCACCUCCUCCCCAUCUUCCUCCUUCGUUAAUUUUAUUAUUUUUCCUCAUGUUUCUCUUCGUGUGAGAGGGGGGGCUUCAGCUUCACGCUUUACAGCGAAGCUGCCCCGACCUCCACCCCAAAUACUCUGAGUUCCCUCCCCCUCUUUUCUUCUUCUCUACCCAGUCAAGGGCAUGGGUCAAUACUAGCAAAAUUAUGAUUAUAGACUUAAAGACACAUCUGGCAUGCUAUCAUGGCAUCAUUAUGUAUUCAAUUCAGUAUUUAUCCUAAUUAAGAAGCCUAAAGCAUAGUGUUGCUUUGCUGUUACAAUGUGUGUUAGUGCACCCUGCUGAAGAGAAGUGGAACUACAGAGCUAAAUCUAACACUAACACAGGCCAAAUUCCAAAUCCAUGCUUUAACCC